AGCUGCAGGUCGGGAGGAAGCAAAACAAACCCGUCCGAGUGGAUAAGUUUGGUGUUUGCUGCGUUACAGCUGGAGCGGAAGCAUCAGGGCCAUGCGGUGGUUGUGGCGAUAACUUCCCGUGCGGUUUUCGACUCAGAAGCUGGUGAUGACGGUGGUGAUGUUUAUGGUGCAGGUGUGGCUUUUCCACUACUGCAGGCGCUGCAGAGGGUGAAUGCACGUCUGCUGGAGGACAAUUCAGCUGCGUCUCUGCUGUUUGACGUGGUCCUGAUCACCACCAGCAGCCGACAGCAGCAGCAGAGUUCUCGUAUCACGAACAGCACCAGACAUCACGGUCUUGAAGUUGGUAGAUUCUGUUUUUCAAGUGAGGAGGACUUCAACGAGAGCCUGCUAAAACAAAACGUUCAGUUAUUUCUCACGACAGAUGAAAAUGAAUCACUCCAGGCAACGCAGCAAGGUGUUCCCUCAGCACUGCUGGAUGAGUCCUCCAGAUCCUGUUCAUCAGACCAGCUCAGAGUUUUGUUCUGUGAGAACGCUGUCAUCCCACCUAAUCCUGGUCCACCACCAGCCAGCAGGCAAGCUGCUCAGAGGCUUGCGGCCCAGCUGGGGACCAUGCGGCAGAAGUUCGGGAUGUUUCACAGCCCUCUCUGCUUCACACUUGUGAUGUCACGCGGCAGCAAGGAAAGCUGCUGUGAUGCCCUGAAGGCCUUACGGUCCAUCGGUGUCAGCGUGGAUGAGGCAUAUUGCCUAGCCGGAGCCCCACGCAGCCCCAUCAUGUCUCUGCUCCGACCUCACUUCCUGCUCAGUGAGGACAUCAGUGGACUGGAGGACUGAUGCUUCACAAAAACAACGUUGUCUGCCUUCGUAAAACUCAUGAAAUUACUGUAACCGUAAUGUUUCUGGUAGCUUUUCCUUUUCUUUCAAUGUGAUGCAAGAACACGAGAAGGGUCCCGUCUGAGUCUACCUGCUCCCCCCAGUCAGAGGCUUGUUUCGGUUCGAUUUCUCACUUUUCUGAUGUGCUUCGGGUGUUUUAAAAUAAAAAGCAAAAAAACAGA